GUCAGGCCAACAACACCAAUGGACGUGUGCUGGUCCCGUCUGCCAUAAGAGACGGAAAACAGGUCAUAAUUUAAUAGUUCCUCGAUAAUAUAAUGAGCGUCAUGAAUGAGGUUAAAUUUGCCCUGAGGGACGCCAAGAAGGCCAUGAAGGAGAAUGAUUUCGAGGCCGUGGCCAAACACUGUAAGACUGCACUGAAAUACGAUCGCAAGAACUACAAUGCUCUGUUGUUGUUUGGCCGAGCGUGUCAGGAACUUGGGAAGCUCGAAGACUCCAAAAAAGCCCUGAUGAUGGCAACACAAGUGGACUCAGAGAGCCCCGUGGCAUGGCAAGGUCUGGCCAUGCUGUGUGAGAAGCAACCCAACAUAAGCACUUUGGACGAGACCAUUACUAUAUACAUCAGACUCACCCACAUUAUUAAAGACGACGACGACAAAGUUGACAACGUUUACCGUAAACUGGCGGCCCUGCAACUGAAGAACGAUGAGCCGCUCAAGGCUGCCGCCACCCUGAAGCUCCUGACCACCAAGUUAAAAGACCACAAGAGGGUCCAAGAGGUGUGGAGGAGCAUCGCCCAGACGCUCUCAGGGAUUAAAGACCUCCCGGAUGAACAUGCUUCUGAGCUACAAGAGGCGCUGGAAAACGUCCUGAACGAGUCAGUCCUGGGGGAUAACGAGGGGAACUACCAACGAUACAUCCGCCUCUUGUACCAGACACGUCAACUGGUCAAGCUCGUUGAAGCGGCCCGGACCAUGGCCGAGAUAUUCCCCACAUAUUAUCCGCUUGAGUGGAUAUGUCGGAUGUACGUGCUCAUGACAACAAACCCGCAAGAGGAUGAAGAAGGAUAUCCGCUGAGUAGUGAGGAGGCUCGUACGUACAUCACCAAGCUCCUGAGGCUGAACAGAGCCUCACCUUGGGGUAACCUGGCCCAGGGUCUCGUGUACAAGGGCGAGGGUCUCUAUAUAGAAGCUAAAGCUCAUCUGAGGGUCGGCGCCGAGAGGGUCGGUAACAACCUACUACCGUGGAAGAUCCUCCUGGAGAUACAAGAGGCGACUAACGACUGGCCGGGGGUCGAGGUGUCCUGCAAGAAGUCCCUCAAGAUAAUGGAGGCGGACGAGACGAUCACCAUACCGGACGACGAGGGGUUCGAGGCGUACCGGACCAAGAUGAUGCUGACGCAGGCCAAGGCUUACGUGAUCAUGGGCCACAAGAAUCAUCUCCGACAGGCCGUGGACAUACUGGAGGAGCACGCAUACACAAGCUUGGACUGUGGACUCCUGUUAGUUAGAUCACGUAUCAAGUUACUAGAGUUUGACCAAACUGAAGAUGAAUUGUUGAAACUAGAGGAAGCUUUUGGCGAACACUCUCAGCUCAAGCUCCUGAGGGGGUGUUUGCUCCGAGCUCAGGGAGAACGACAGAAAGCUAUGCAGGUCCUAGAGGAGUUUGUCGAGGAGGAACCUAAAUCCGCCGAAGGUCAUUUGGAAUUGGGCUGCGUUUACUUCGCCACGGGAGAGCUUCAGAAGGCCCAGAUGAGCUGUAUGCGGGCCGGGAAGCUGAACCCAAAGCUCGGCGGGCCGUUCCUGUACCUUGGCCACUUCUACCGCCGGCAGGACAACAUGGAAAAGGCGGUCAAGUGCUACGAGAAGGCCCUCUCCCUUGACCCCUGUGACGACCAGACGGGGGCGGCUCUGUCGGACCUUUACAGGAUUCUCGGCAAAUAUGAAGCAAACAUCAACUUGCUUCACCGCAUCACGAAUGAAGGCGGCCGUGCUUCCUGCUGCUGGGCGUGGCUGAGGCUAGGACUGCAUCACCUAGCACUACAGAACUACGACCAGGCCAUCCAGGCAUUUCAGUGUACCCUCAAGAUCAACCCAGAUGACAGCGCGACGUUCGAGUGUCUGGGCGACGCUUACCUGGCCAGAGGGGCUCACUCUGCGGCCCUCAAGGCGUUCAACUAUGCUUCACUUCUCAACCCUGGAGCUCUGUAUCCCCUCUACCAGAUAGCUCAUAUUAAACAGAUAGUCGGAGAGACACUGGACGCCGUAAAGGACUACGAAACCGUCUUGAAGCGCGAGCCGAUAAAGCCCGUCCAAGUCGUGUCACUGAUUGGUCUAGCCGAAGCCCUUAUAGCCGCCGCCAGGAAACACUACGAGCAGUUCUUCCACGCCAACGUUAAGGAUGCCUGUCUCCGUGCUCUUGUCUGUCUCAUAAGGGCCGCCAGCAUAAAACCCGAGAGCGCUUGUAUCUGGAAGUUGAUUGGUGACGCCUGUACUCUGCUCUACCCAAUGCCCACGUCUCUCUCCAAUUUUAGCAUCCCAGCGAAACUGAUCCAGAAAGAUGUCGAGGAUCUAGAGGAGAUGACUGAAGUGGAUAAGAUGCAGAUUCUACAGAUUGGUGCCAGGUGUUAUGGGGUAGCUCUUCAGGUGACUAAAGAUGAUGCUAUGCUCUGGCACGACCUUGGGGUCAACACGUACCUACAGGGGAAAGUCUUGGAGGAGGGUGUGGACGGGAGGAACGACGUCAACACCAGAGACUUGAUGGAUCGGUCUGUGAUGGCGUUAAGGAAGAGCCUCAGUUUGGACCCUCUGAACGGCAAGACUUGGAACUCGCUUGGCAUCGUAGCCGCUCAUAAUUUAGUGGGGCAAUACGCUCUAGCCCAGCACGCCCUCAUCAGGGCCUGCGAGUACCAGCCCAAUGCGGUGGUCUGGACUCACCUGGGAGCGUUCUACCUGACACACAGCGAACACAGCCUGGCACAUGAAGCAUUCUCUCAGGCCCAGGCACUUGAUCCAUCCUUCGUUACUUGUUGGGUGGGACAGGCGCUCGUCGCGGAGAAGGUCGGCCACUCUGAGGUGUUCGAUCUCUUCCGACACACGACUCUUCUGGGCAUCCAAGUGGAGAGUUGCGUAGGGUAUUCUCACCACGUCACAAAUCUAGCGAGCGACUCUAAGAAGAACACCAAUCAGCGGACUCAGUACACCAUCAAGCAGUCUCUACCGGCCGCAACAGACGCCUCCACCUUCUAUUCACGGGAGAAAGAGGAAGAUGUCAUUGGUCUAAACAUGAACGGUCUGACCUUGGAAAUGAUGGGCCUCUACCAAUCAGCAGCCAAGGCUUAUGAAAUGGCCAUGGCAGCAAUUGACCCAGACCAGCCCGAGAUGCAGGAUUGCCUUGAUGGCGUGCGGUGUAACCUGGGCAGAACGCUUACUGCCCAGGGGAAGGUGGAGGAAGCUAUGAAACAGUUUAAAGCCAUCAAGAGUCCAGAUUACUUCACCCAGUGUGGUCUAGCUCUUGCCAGUUUGAAAGCGGGCCAGUUCGAGGACGCAUACAAUGGCUACACCGCUGCCCUCCACUGGCUGGCACCCGACGACACGCAGAAGUCACACAUCCUCGUAGCUCUGGCAUCCCUGCAGUACAAGUUCCAGAAGUCCGACGAAGCCAAGAAUCUCCUCUUCCAAGGGUCACAACUGAGCGGGGCGUCGGUACGUGGACUUUUGGCACUGGCUGCGUUGGGUCUGAUCUCUGGCGACGCCGUGCUGACCAGUGCGGCGUUGGCUGAACUCGCUCCUUACGAACACCACAAAGAUUACCUCCACCACGUAGCGUUUAUUAAGGCCGCAGAAGCUACUGCACGGGGGAACACAAAGGAGGCCAAGUCGAUCCUCAGCCGCACGAUCCACCAACACCCGUCAAGCGCUCCUCUGUGGCGGUCGCUGGCCCGUCACCUGCUCACCACCACCACGUCGACCAGCAAGAAGAUCAGCGGCCAGUGUUCGGCGGCGGCCAUGUGUGCCGCAGCUGCCACCAAACUGUCUCAGGCGGCCGGAGAACACAAGACCAUCACCCAGGAUGCUGUAACAAGUGUAAUGGCCACCCUGGGGUUAGAAGUUAGCAUUCAGAGGAACUCCAAAAACAAGACCAGCUUGAAACAGGCUCAGCGAGCUGUCCUCAUGUGUCCAGGUUCCCCGGAGGCUUGGGCCAUGCUCGUGGCAGCACAGAUCGUUGCCGGCCACGGCCAGACUGACACACAUCUCGCACCAUUGGCAAAGAUCUUGUCUCAGAAGGGAUCCCCACAAAUAUCCUCGUGGCUACAAACAAUAUCGACUAGACUGGCGUAGGCUGCUUGGAGCUAUACAAAAACCCGAACAUUAUAACCGAGGCUUAUUAAACAGUGUAAAUGCCUUCACGGUUCACAUAACGUGACGGCAAAUUGCGUUCCAGAUUCUGAAAUGCUUAUGUGAUAAAACCAGAUAAGAACACCGGGCAAUCAGAGCUCAGGAGAGAUGGUGGGGUUGGGGGGGGGUUAAAGAACAGGAAGACGAUGAUGUUCACUAUUGGUACAACUUAUUGAUAUUAUUUAAAACUUUAUUGAACCUAUCUGAUCUUAUAAUUUGUUCUAUACAUUUAUCUAUAUUCAUCAUGUCCUGAUAUAAAAGAAUAUAUAUAUAUAUAUACAGUAGAACCUCUCAAGUCUGUGUAUUCUCUUACUAACUGACGAUCUUGGUAACUCGGUGAAUUAAUUUGAGAUUAAACGUUAGUACCGCCACAGACCCAUAAUACCGGGAGUGAAUGACGUAUCUUCCCAUCUUUGACCGCCUCACUACCCAAACACGCUGAUUGUUGGCCCUGGCGACCACUUUCAUGAGGUUCCACAGUCCUGUCGAGUGUUUAUGUGUGGAAUAACUGAACCGUUCUGUUAUUAUAUGCGUGAAACCCCCCCCCCGAUAUAGUUCAUUCUCUUGCUGUACCCAAAGAAGUAGUUUGAGUGGAUCAUGACAUGAAUAAGAUACAGUAUUACUAGCUUUAAAGACCAGACAUUAUCAUAAAUUAAAUGAAGGUUGGAAUACAGACAAGAUAUACAGUAAAGUUUGUCCUUAUCAACCAAAGUACACAGUAAAGUUUGUCCUUAUCAACCAAAGUACACAGUAAAGUUUGUCCGUAUCAACCAAAGUACACAGUAAAGUUUGUCCUUAUCAACCAAAGGUGCAGUGUACUGAUGUGUCUGGCCUCUUAAUAUCAAGUGGGAAGAUUUGAUUACUGUGUUUUUGACUCAUGUUCAGUAUUACAGUUAAAAUCCAAAGCUGCUGAAGGUAGCCUGAACGACUGUAUGUACGGCCACGAAGAAAACUGCACCGAAUUAUUUGUAGUCUGAAGCACGCCUCUGGUCCUGGAGUGUCGGUGAGGAAACUUUAACAUAUAGAGACAUAGAAGCUUUAAUAUAGAAUGUACCUCAUCAAGAAAGUUCCAUGAAAGGUGACGAAAUUUUGUAACAUUAUUUAUCUGUGUAUUUGGUACUUUGAAAUCUCUUGGAAAUGUGAAUCAAAAAUAAGUUAAGUGACUGAUUCUUUUUUUUUUUUUUUUGUAAAUUAUCUGUUGUGAGGUUUGUGAGUUAAAUAUUCAUGUGGUUUAUUAGUUAAUGGAUCUUUUAGUUUAUCAUCUAUUUUGUUUAGUUAAUGAUGAAAAAAAUGGUUUGAGUUUAGCUUAAUUACAAGCUGUUUGAACCAAGUGUUGGCGGUACUAAGUGGAUGGUUCCUCUCUUAUUCCUGCCUUAAUAUAACUUUUUUCAAUGUUACUUUAUUACAGUUGAAUCUAUUAAAUGGUGAAUAACAUACAGGUAUAAAUCUAGUCUUUUAAAUAUGGUACAGCCGCCAGGAUUGUUAUAAAAAAAAUUAGUCUUGUCAGAAUCUAUAUCUAGUGUGAUGUAAUUUUUUUUUCUUCAUAUAUGCAUCACAAAUUUGUUUCAGACAUAUUAAUAUUGUAUAGUUGUUUAAGUUUGUUUUAAAAAUGGAAACAAUAUUAUUUCCCACCACCAUGAUGCAGUUUGAUUCACUAGUUGAUGUAAACGAAGCCAUAUUAUGAACUGUCGAUCACCGAGCUUGAGAGAUUCUACUGUAUUAUCCCGACUCCUGCAGAGUGCCUGGUGUUAUACCGUGAUAUAUUAAUCUAUAAGAGACAAACUAGCAUAAUUCUCUCCAUUUAUAUCCUGGUGAUGUCGUACGAACAAAUAUAUCCGCAAACAUUA